UUUCAUUCUACUCAAAAGGCAAACCCAAUCCCCUCCCUAAAAAUAAAAUAAAAAACUUUCGUACACAAAUACCUCUAUAAAUCAAAAUCUUUUUUUUUUACCUUUCAAACUAAAAAAAAACUUUGUAAAUUCCCUUUUUUUCUUACUCUAUAUAUAAAUUCAUUUUUCUCUCCAUAAAAGAAUAAUUAUCAUCUUUAUCACUACUCAUUUUCUUCUUAUACAACACAAAUUUUUAAUUUUUUUUUUUGUAUAUUCGUAUAGCAUAUGAACAGAGUUGAAGUGGAAUUGAAUUAAAGGUACAAGUGAUCGAUCCAAUUUAGGGGUGAGAAGACGUUUUUGACUUUGGCAACUUUUUCUGAAAGGUAAAAUGUCGUGUGAACCAGAAUAUGAUGCUGCUCGUGGGGUUCUUAGUUUUCUCGAUGUGGACCAACUUUUUAGUUCCAACUAUUACGGUGACAGUACACAGCAUGACAUUGAAAUCUGUCAUGAACAAUAUUCCACAGAAAACCCUUAUCACCCAUCAUAUUGCAACGUUGACAAUGAUGAGGUUAUUGCUCAUGCUCUACAAGAAGAAUGGUCAGAGUUGUACAUUACAAAAGAUGCUCAAUCUUCACAUGCAGAUGACCAGUACUUGCAAGCCUCCACUGGUGUACAGCAUUGGCAUGGUUCUCCAAGGGUGUACUAUGCUGGGCACGAUGCUGGCGUCGAAGCUAAUGAUGUAGGGCCUUCAAGUUCUUGCUCUAGUCCUGGAGACAGAUCAUACGAUGGAGAAGAGUAUACUUACACAUUGGAAAUACAAGAUGAAUUUGAGAUUGAUGGAGAAGUAGGGAAGAGAAUAAACCAGCUGAGUGCUAUUCCUCAUGUUCCUAGAAUAAACGGAGACAUACCUUCAGUCGAUGAAGCAACAUCUGACCACCAAAGGCUGCUAGAUAGGUUGCAAUUAUUUGACUUGGUGGAGCACAAAGUGCAAGGGGAUGGAAAUUGUCAGUUCCGUGCUUUAUCAGAUCAAAUCUAUCGUGGUCCAGAGCACCACAAGUUUGUCAGACAGCAAGUAGUCAAUCAGCUUAAAGAGCAUCCGGAGAUAUAUGAGGGGUAUGUCCCAAUGGCAUAUGAUGAAUACUUGAAGAGGAUGUCCAAGAAUGGGGAAUGGGGAGAUCAUGUUACGUUGCAGGCUGCCGCUGACUCGUAUGGCGUGAAAAUUCUUGUUAUAACGUCAUUCAAAGACACAUGUUACAUUGAGAUCCUUCCGAAGAAUCAAAAGUCAAACAGAGUCAUAUACUUGAGUUUUUGGGCGGAGGUGCACUACAACUCAAUCUACCCUCAAGGAGACUUUCUGCCAUGUGAUGAUUUUAAGAAGAAGAAGAAGAAAUGGAGUUUCUGGAACAAGCAUUAAGAGUUCUUGACCUGUUUAUUCAAAGCUAAACACUACCUACAUGCAAUGGCAACAUCCCGGCUACGGUACAGAGGUUCCGGGUCAAGUACUUACUUUACAUUACAACAACAGCUAUGCCUCAAUCCCGAGCAAGUUGGGAUCAACUAACUUUGCAUUAUUUUUAAAAUAUGAUAAAUAAUACUUACUUUAUAUUCUUAUAAUUAUUCACAUAAUUAUUAAUAUAGAACUAGUUUGUUCUAA